UUAUUGUCAUGUUUAUAAUCCUUUUACGUCUCAAUUUCUCUGCUUUGUCGCUCCCCUGAAGGGGAAACGUGCCGAAAUUGGCCGAAUCACGAGUAAACACGCGAAAGUUUCCCAAGAAGCCGCGGAGGAAACUUUCGACAACACCAAUAACCCGAAACCACAUCUUACCGAAGUUGAUAAAACUACUUCAGUAAUGAAUGGGCCUGUUUCAGAAGACCAAGACGAUAUGGACUCGAAGGAAGAACCGAUGGAUACAUCUAUAACAGAUCCAGGUGGGAAGGACUCCUCCAAAUCAGAGAUGGAAUUGGAGGAGGAUUCUGCCCGACCGGAAGGUGUUGUUCGUUUCAUUGUGAAAGACUUUAGUCGGCUGAAAGAGACAGUGCUCAGUGAACCCGUCUACAUAAGAAAUUUACCUUGGAGACUGAUGUGUAUUCAGAGAACUGGAUCAGGGCAUGGUCAUGAGAAGCUUAAAACCCUUGCAGUUUUCCUUCAAUGUAACCCUGAGACAGAGUCAUUAUCAUGGUCCUGUAAUGCUACUUCUCAGCUGGUUCUUGUCAAUCAAAAAUUCCCUGAGAAAUCCUUCAAAAAAAAAAUUCAACAUUUAUUCUUUGCUAAGGAGAAUGACUGGGGUUUCAGUAAUUUCAAGGAAUGGCAUGAAAUCCUGAAUACGGAUAAUGGAUUUUUAGUGGAUGACACGAUCAUUGUUGAAGCUCAUGUUGUUGCUGAAGCUCCCCAUGGAGUAGCCUGGGACUCAAAGAAGCAUACAGGUUAUGUCGGCCUAAAGAACCAAGGAGCCACCUGUUACAUGAAUUCACUUUUACAAACAUUGUUUUUUACGAAUAAGUUAAGAACAGCUGUCUACCACAUGCCAACUGUUCACGAUGAUCCUCAGAAAAGUGUUGCGUUCAAUUUACAGAGAGUGUUUCAUGAACUGCAAUUUAGUGAUAAAGCAGUUGGGACUAAAAAGCUGACAAGAUCCUUUGGAUGGGAAACGCUGGACAGUUUCAUGCAACAUGAUGUCCAAGAAUUGUGUCGAGUGCUCCUGGACAACAUGGAGAGCAAAAUGAAAGGAACAUGUGUUGAGGGAGUUAUACCCAAACUUCUGGAGGGGAAAAUGUGUUCGUAUAUCAAGUGUAAAAAUGUGGACUAUGUUUCUUCAAGAAUUGAAUCGUUUUAUGACAUACAACUAAAUGUGAAAGGAAAAAAAGACAUUUACGAGUCAUUUAAAGAGUACAUCGCAGUUGAAACAUUAGACGGGGAUAAUAAGUACGAUGCUGGGGAUUACGGAAUGCAGGAAGCGAAGAAAGGCGUGAUUUUCCACAGCUUUCCAACCGUCCUGCAUCUACAAUUGAUGCGCUUCCAAUACGAUCCAGUGACUGAUGCAAAUGUUAAGAUAAACGACAGAUAUGAAUUCUUGGAGAAAAUCGAUCUCACUGAGUUCCUGGAUGAUGCGCAUCACACUCAAGCCUCGUACACGCUUCACGCGGUUCUUGUGCACAGCGGGGAUAAUCAUGGCGGCCAUUAUGUUGUCUACAUCAAUCCUAAAGGCGAUGGAAAGUGGUGUAAAUUUGAUGAUGAUGUUGUGUCAUUGGCUUCAAAACAGGAAGCAGUUGACCAUAAUUUUGGAGGAUAUGAUGAUGAUAUUUGUGUAAAAUAUUGUACAAACGCAUACAUGUUGGUCUACAUCAGAGACAGUUGCUUAGAUGAUGUACUCGACGCAAGCGCGACAGAGAUACCCAAAGAACUAGAGGAGAAACUAAGAGAGGAGAAACGUAUAGAGGCGCAGAAAAGGAAGGAAAGAAGCGAAGCUCAUUUGUACAUGAACGUUGAGGUAAUCACUGAAGAUCAGUUUUGUGGACAUCAAGGUUUUGAUCUAUUUGACACCAAAAAACAAUCCUCCAAGAUUUUCAAAAUACUAAAAGAGGACACGAUUGAGAAAAUGAUUGAGCAACUUGCUGAUGCUCUGGGCUAUAAGGCGAAUCAAAUUCGUCCUUGGCCGUUUCAAAGUCGGAAGAAUAACACGUAUCGUAUCGGAGCCAUUGAAAUGGAAAAUGGUUUAGAUAAAAAGGUGAUGGAAGCGAUCGAUACCGACAGUGAUUGUUGUUUAUUUAUUGAGACUACUGAUCCCUGUGACCCAGAUUCCAAGCUUCCUAGUUUCGACGUUAAAACUGAUAUCCUCCUUUUCUUCAAAUAUUACGACCCACGAACAGAGACGAUGUCCUACUGCGGUCACGUCUUUGUACGUUUGGUAGAUAAAGUUUCUAUUUUGCUUCCAGUGUUGUGCGAGAGAGCACAUUUACCAAAGGACACGCCUUUAAUGCUUUUCGAGGAAGUCAAACCAGGUUUAACAGAGCAUUUUAAAGAUUUAAAUGUCACAUUCGAAGACACGGAAGAUAUAAUGGAUGGCGAUAUUUUCUGUUUUCAAAGGAAAGAUAUUGAUUUGGACGAAUUCAAAUUACGGACGUGCAUAGAUUACUUUAGAGAUUAUUAUCAUCGAAUCGACAUCACGAUGUGCGAUAAAAACAUGUCAAAUGAUCCUGGUUUUAACAUUACUCUCUCUUCAAGAAUGACCUACACGCAGAUGGCAGAGAAGGUCGCCUGGUAUUUGGAUGUCGACCCGAGAAAGAUCCAGUUCUUCAAGGCACAACUAUACGGCGGUGGCCUACCUGGAAAUCCUAUACGAUGUACCUACGAGGGAACGAUUCGAGAUCUGAUGAUGUACAGUCAAAAAACUCCUAAGAAAUUAUUUUACCAGCUGCUGUCGAUACCAAUAGACGAAUUAGAGAAUAAGAAACAAGUCAAAUGUAUUUGGAUGAGUAAAGAUCUUAGAGAACAGAAAGAACUUGUCCUAUUCCCAGACAAGAAUGGUACUGUUACAGAUAUUUUAAGUGAGGCAAAGAAACAUAUCAGUUUAGAUGCUGAUGGCUCUGGGGAACUAAGAUUACUCAUGAUCCUGAGUUCCAAGAUCCAGGAAAUUUUAGACGUCGACUCAGAAUUAGAAACGCACUUCGGUGCCUACGCUACAACCCGAUCCUACAGAGUCGAGGAAGUACCUGUUGAACAUCUUAAUUUAAGGGACGAUGAAGCUCUAAUUCCCGUCGCCCAUUUCCAAAAGGACACAUAUCAGACCUUUGGUUUUCCAUUUCUAAUAAAAAUUCGUGAUAAAGAAGUCUUUUCCGAUAUUAUCGAACGUGUUAAACACAAGUUAGAAAUGCCGGAAAAAGAAUUUGAAAAGAUCAAAUUCGCGCUCGUCCGAAGCGGCAGACAGAUAUACUUAGAUGACGAGAGCGACAAAUUGAUCAAUUUAAAAGACUUUACAAGCCCUUCAGGAGUUUUAAAGCUUCCCAAUAACUCUCUAUCUCGACCCUGGCUGGGACUUGAUCACGUAGACAAGGCCCCAAAGAAAUCGCGAUAUUCCUAUCUGGAGCGAUCCAUCAAGAUCUUGAACUGAGGUCGGACACGCCCUUUUCACCACCACCGCUUCUAAAAGACCGCGCAUUUCAAAAAAGAAUAUUUAAAUGUAUUUAAUAUGCGAAUUGGUGUGUGUUCUAUCACAAUUAUGUAAAAAUAGGGAGAGAGAGAGAAAAAAUUGUACGUAAAUUUUAGUUUCUCAAUUUGCGCUGGUCAGACCAACCAUAAUUUCACCGAUAUUCUGCUGUGUCACUUCGGUUUAUUAUUGCCUCAAUCCAUUUUGAUUGCUGUACAGGACAAUUCAUAUUCCAGUUGUCAUUCUGUUUUACAUAUGUCAUGUAUUUGUAAUGAUUUCAUAAGAGAACACUUCAGGUUUCAAGUGUCAAUUCUUUUCUCAAUUUUGCCAUAUUUUGCAAAUUAGGUUGAUCUGACUUGGAAUUAAUAGAUUGAAGGUUAUUUUGUGUACUUAUACACAGCGAAGGUUAUAUUAUGUACAUUCAAACUUCACCUGGGAGCUCUUUGCUUGGCUCAUUUAGCUUUAUUCUCACAUAGACAUUGAUUUUAAACAAUGUGUGGCAAUGGAUAAAAAUUCUUGUAGCACUUGUUCUUAAUUAUGGUGUAUUCCUUUUAAGAUGCCAAAUAAUUAAACAUUGUCA